AUGCUGGUUACAUGCUGGUUCAAGGAUGAGCGGGCAGAAGGUAGAUGCGUGUCAAACUACUUUCUGCAAAGCAAGGCCAGAGAAGUUGCCAGUCAGAUUAGAGUACAGAAGUUCCAGGCAUCAAACGGGUGGCUACGUAGGUGGAAGCAGGGAUAUUCGGUGGAAAUCAGACGGGGGACAAACGACGCACAGAAAAUCCCGAGUGAUUACAAGGAGAAAAUUUCAGGUUUUCAUUCAGCAAUCCGGGCUUUAAGACAGAAAUGGGACUACACCGAUUACAACAUAGCAAAUAUGGACCAGACGAUGGUUAGAUUUGACACUGUACCGAAAUACACAAAUGAGGUCAAAGGAGCAAAGACUGUGCGAAUCUCUCACACCGGCGGUGCUAAAAAGGGGUGUACAGUAGCUUUGACGGCGAGUGCUAAUGGGGACAAACGGAAAGCUUUGAUCAUCUUCAAGGAGAAAAAUGGUGUUAUCGGCCCACGAGUGCUACCCAUGUUGAAAGUGCCAGACAAUGUAUUGAUUACUGCUACGGAGAACGGUUGGAUGACAACAGUGAAAGUACACCAUUUCAUCCGACAUGUCUGGGGACCAAACGACGACGACACUCGGCGACUUCUCAUAUUGGAUGCAUACAAGCCACACACGUGCCAGUCAUCGACAGAUCGUUUUGACGAGUACGAGACCGACAUAGUAACAGUACCAGGAGGCUGCACGGGACUUGUCCAGCCAAUGGAUACUCACGUGAACAAGGUGUUCAAAGAGAGAAUAAAGCAACAGUGGUGCGAGUGGUUCAAGUUGGCAAAGCGGAACUGCAGAGGAAAUUAUGUACAACCGACAAGACAGAACAUUAUAGACUGGAUAAGUGUCGCGUGGGAAGCUGUUGAGAAGGGAACCAUCCGGGGGGCUUUUAAGUCCUGUGGGAUUUCGCUACCAUUGGAUGGAAGCAGAAACUAUCUGCUAUGUUCUCGCUUGGUUGACGAUGUUGGACUGGAAAUCGAGGAAGUGCCACCACAUGAAGAGAUCGAAUCUGGAGUUCAUUUCGAUGAUGAGGAUGACGACACUGAGGACAUCGAGUUUGUUGGGUGGGACCAGGAUGAACUUGACAUCUGAUUAUGUACUUUCACUUUGUGUGCUGGAUUAUGUGUGUUCAUACGUUGUAAAAUAAAUUAAAAAACGAUAUUCUUUGGAUGUUGAAAUUAAAUUUAUUACCGCUUUUGUUGUUUUAUUUAUUGAUAAUUUCCAGGUUCUUUUACUCAUUAGUGAACAUUGGAAAUUUUUAACAAAACUGGCCCCAUGUCUGGAAAUAAGCCCACCCCCAACAAAGCUACAAAUGAGUUGUCUUGGCCCCCUGGGCUUA